CAAGAGACACCGUUAUUGAGUACUGGGCCCUCCGGCCCUGGGCCGGGGGAUUGGUAUACGGAGGAUUCAGAUUGGACUGGGCCUUCAAGGAGGCGAACCCAAGGAAGAGGAUGUCAGCAGCAAGGAAAGCCAGCUUGUUAAACACCAGCCACUUAGCUAGUGAUUUGUUUUAUGAUUCCAGUGAUGUUUCCAUAGGAGAUAUGAGGAUAAAACAAACUCAGAAUAGGGUCUUCAAAGGUGAAGGCCUUGCUAAGACACCAUUUAGCCAAAGCAGAUUCCUAAAGAGGAAGCAAAAUGUUGAUGAAAACCAGUUUUUCUUCAAGGGUAGUACUGUAAGGGAGAUGGGAUGCAAGACCUCUCUAAGUAGACCACUGACUACCGCUUCCAAGAUCAGGGCUAAUGCAGCUUUAAUGAAAUUAGCACAAAUAGAAACUAAAAUAAUGAGCCGAAAACUGCAAGUUGAUUUGUCUGACAUCGAUACAGAUGGGAAAAAUGCUGAUGACGUUUCUUUGAAUCAGAGAGUUGAUACCCUUUCUCUGAAGAAUGUAAGUGACAUUCCCUGGCAAUGCAGGGAUGAAGUUCCCAUUGCUAGUAGCAAUGAAAGAGUGAGUCGAUUUCUGAAGAAGAAAGGUCCAGCCAUUGAAAAUAUAGCCAGUACAGCAGAGUCUGGAAAUGUCAAGAGUUCUCAACCACCAAAACAGAAAGAGCCAGUUGGAAAGAUGGUUUCUCCGGAUAGUGAUGAAGAGGAAAUGAAAUUGUUGCUGGGAAACUUCGUGAAGCCUUUCAGUGACAAAGAGACAUCUCAGAAUGCUGUUCUUAUGAACACUAAACUUAAAGAGGAUGGAUAUAAGGCACUAUCUAUGGACGAGAUUCUGAGUCCACCAGGUCCACUUUCUCCACCCAACGAAGAAUUUUCUGGUCUCAAGCUUUUUCGAACAUUAUGCCUGCCUGAGGAAAGCUGUCAAGAAACAACCUCCCAUAAUAGCCCUUCAAGAGCUCCUUCCCCACAGAAUGGCUUUUCAGCUAACAAAACUUUAAGAUCACCAUCACUUUCGAUAAUGCAUUAUUUUUCAAGGCCAACAUCCCCUAAAAUGGAACACAUAAAGCUAGCAUUCUCACCCGAGGAGACUGAAAUUGGAUCAUUGGAUGAGUUGUUCUCUGAAGCAUGCAGUGAUAGCUUAAAUGAUUUUAAAAUAAAUAUUUUAUCCCUUGAUGAUUUGGUUCCAGAUGAUGUCAGUGAGAAAGCAAAACUCGGACAAAAAGAAGAUGAUCACAAAAUAAAACAACCAAGCAAAGAAUUACAAACAAAUGUGUCCGCUGUAAAAAGUAUACAGGAAAGAACUGCCAAAGAAAUGAACCCAGAGACAAGUGUGAACAUUACUUCUAUUGCUACUGAAGAGGAAAGUCACACUGCAAGUGAACUGUGUGAGGAUGUGAAUGAGGAGCCUGUCACCUUUUCUAGAGAGGAAAGUAUUUCCAGCAGGAGGUCACCAUCUCCUGGAUCUCAGGACAGUUCUGUAAACUCAGUGUAUUCUGAAGAUUUUGAAAAAUCUCCAACUUCCACAGUAUCUGGGCAAACAGCCUGUUCCCCAGAGUCAUUAGACAAGACACUGGAGUCUUUGUCUGAGAGCCCUUCAUAUUCUCAAAGAGACCUUCCCACAGAGUCAGAAGGGCCUGCUCAGAAGUGGAGAGAGAAUGUAAGGAGACUCUUAGUGAAAGAAGUGGCUGUUCAGACUUACGAUCCUGCAUUCACCUACAGCUGGACAAAGGAGAGUGUGGCGACCAUUGGCCCAAGUCUGGGGAGAGCUUAUUUGGAUCCUGAACCUAUUGCCAGUCAUGUGAUUAGUGCUGAUGCAAUAGAAGCUCUGACAGCCUACAGUCCUGCAGCCUUUGCUUUGAAUGACAUGUUAAAACAGCAGCUGACAUUGACAAAGCAGUUUAUGGAGACCAGCCAGUAUCUGCAUUUUUCUCUCCUGAAGUCCCUGGAAGAUGACACAUUCCAUUAUCAUACAUUGGAAGAAGUUAAAGAGUAUAUUAGGAAGCACAAGUCACCACCACUGACAAUUGAGAAAGCUUUGGAGGAAGUUGUGAAGGAAAUGUCGGAUCACUGAGCUGAAGACAGAUUUGCUUCCAAUAUAGUUCAAAUUCUGGAGUUUUAGAGAAUGGCUGUUAUUUCAAGGAAAUGUGUAAAGGCUCUAGUACCUAAAGGAUGCACUUUGGGGAACUAUUGCAGGAGCCCUUGUUGGGGGGUAAAGGAGGGAGUGAAGUAGAGAAGAAAGCCAAAUGCUUCAAGGAUCACACAAGAUGGCAACAAAAUAGUCUCUAUUACACUGAAGAACAAAGCAAAGCAGGGUCAGAAAGAUAAAACACAACCAACUCAAACCGUCAUUGCAAAAUAGUCUAAAAUUCCACCUCAGAAGACAAGACCUUCAGACAGGCCUGGUCACUGACUCCUCUACACUCCAGCCCAGGUGUGUUCAAGCUGAAAGAACAGAUGAUGAGAGGGAAAAAACAGCUGCUAACUGCUGCCAAGAAGAAAAUACACUUGUCAUGGGCAAAACAAUGCCAAGAAUGGAGUACUGAAGAUUGGGAAAAAGCAAUUUUACAGCUGAAAUUUGCUUUUUCAUUCAAGACUAUACUGAAACUGCUAUCAAAAUCUAGGUGAUCCUGUAUAAUCUGGGCACCUUCAGACUGUAAAACACCCUCCCCCUUCUCCCCUAUCCUCCCCCAAAAAACUGAGGAAUUUUUUAUUUCUAAUGGGCCUGGAAGUCUUAUUCCCACUGAGAGAAAGAUGAACUCUGAUAAACAUACUCACAUACUAAGAAGUAGAAUUGUUCUGGAAUUACAGAAAUUCCCAAAGGGAGAUGGAAUCCUGCAAUAUGUCUUUGCAUAAUGCCACAUCACAAAGGUAAAAAAACUUAUCCAAGAAAUGGAGAUAAACAUGCUUUAAUGGCCUGACAACUUGCCUGAUUUAAACCCCAGUGAAAUAUUAUGGAGUAAAAACACGACUAGGAAAAAUGUACUGUGUGUCAAAGAUAUACGUAAUAUCUACUAUGAUAAAAAAUAUGGUUUCAUAAUGAAGAAUGUGUCAAAAUCUUGUGAACCCAAUUCAAACUGUGUAAAACAGGUAAC